AUGGGCAAUCCAGCGACACAAACAAUUCGAGUUGUCAAGCAAGCAGAUGAAGCGACGAAGUCUACUGACUCUGCCUCUGAAGAUGCAACUCAGCUACCUCCUCCACGACGAUCAUUUCGCUCAUUCAUUUGGGACACAGAUACGCAUCUAAAAUCGCCUGAGGAGCAACGUCUACUGCUGAAAAUUGACGCCGCGAUUCUCACCAUAGGAUGUUUAGGAUUUUUCAUGAAAUACCUUGACCAAGGCAACAUAACCAAUGCAUAUGUCUCGGGCAUGCAAGAAUCACUCUCCAUGUACGGAAAUCAAUAUACGUACGCUCAAACAGUGUAUACGGUCUCAUACGCAGUGAUGCAGAUCCCAAGUACAUUGAUCAUUCAGCGAAUAAGACCGAGUAUCUGGCUCGCAGCGAUGGAAGUAGGCUGGGCUACUUUUACUUUUGCGCAAGCUGGUAUGACGAAUGUGAGCCAGCUUUACGCAUUCCGGUUCUUGGUAGGCUUUUUUGAGAGUUCGUUCUUCCCUGUGUUACUUUAUCUUCUGGGGAGUUGGUAUACAAAAACCGAGCUGGCAAAGCGAGUCGCGCUAUUUCAUAUGACUGCUCCUCUGGGGACGGCCUUUAGUGGUUAUCUCCAGGCGGCCGUAUACAAAAAUUUGGAUGGGGCUCAUGGCCUUGCUGGGUGGAGAUGGUUGUACAUUAUUUGUGGGAUACACCACAUACAACUCGGGCUUGGUUCAUUACCAGUGAAGAGAAGAACUCGCCAUCGAAAGGGUACGGAAAGCUGGGAAGGCUCCGCCUGCGAAGAUAACAUUGGCCACGGUCAAGCGGACAUUUGGCUCUUGGAAGUGUUAUAUGGAGAGUCCUGUGGCGCUAGUAGCUACUUUGCGAUUUGGCUGAAGGCCGAGGGCUUCUCAGUUAGUGAUCGAAACGUUAUUCCAACCGGUACCUCGUUGAUCUCUGGAGGCUGUGUUGUCUUGUGGGGAUUCCUCUCGGAUUAUACGGGAAGCAGAUUUGCAUGGGUGCUUAUACCUUUGAUCCUUACACUCUUACCAAACGGUAUUCUCGCUGCUUGGCCAUCAAGUGUCCCUUUGAAAGAAUUCGCUUUCUUGACCUGCAAUAUUCAACUGAUGACUGCCGUAUUUUAUUCGUGGGCAAACGAAAUCUGCGCCGAUAAUAAUGAAGCGAGAGCAUUCACUAUUAGCAGUAUGAAUGGUUUCCAGUACGCGGUAGCUGCCUGGUUGCCUAUUCUCAUUUUUCCUCAGACGAUGGCUCCAAAUUUCCGAUACGGUUUUCCCACCACAUUCGCGUUGGUAAUUGCGGCAAUUGUAGGUGUUAUUGCCAUUCAAUUGUUUGUUCUGCGGGAUAGGCGCAAGGGAAAACGAAGCACUCCAGCGAAUGAAGAUGAAAGCUGGACGGAGGCCUGA